GGAAAUGCAGUCCAGUGUGGCAGGAUGUUUUUUGUUUUCCUUACAUUUAUGAACAAAGACAACAACCAUGUAUCGUGCCGUUUCUAUUUUAUAUGGUAGGUAAAAGAAAAAGAAGAUAGUCCCAAAUCUGUUAAUUAUCUAAAUGGCUGAUGCCCUUCUGCUGAGCUAUUUCUAGAUCACCACAAUGACAAAGCCAAUGGGUGUUUGCCUGUGAUUUUCAUUUAGCUUCAGAUCAGCAGUUUACUUUGCAAGACACAAUUUUAUCAGCAACUCCUGGUGACCUGGGCUGGCACCCAGAAAAAUCCAAGGAAGGAAGGAAGGAAGCCCAGCUGAUCCUUCCUGCUGUACACUGAACCAAAUGCUACUAACAUGGACUAAACAAGUAAGGUGACGUCCUGUGUAGGUCUCGUGGACCAAUGUUCAGGGUCAGGUGCAUUUUGGGAACAUCUGCAAAGUAUUUUGCCUCCCUCCCAGCUUGGAGACAACAGAUCAAGCUGCAAAAAAGGAUGUCCACUUUACCUCGACCGGUGGCUGCAGUCUGUCAGGUGACAGCCACCCCGGACAAAGAGGCCAACUUCUCUGCCUGUAAACAGCUGGUGGAGGAAGCCAAGGAGCGAGGGGCCAGCAUGGUCUUCCUGCCUGAGGGCUUCGACUACAUCGGAUCCAGUCGAGAGGAGACGCUGUCACUGUCUGAGAGCCUGACAGGAGACACAAUCUCACAAUAUGCUCAGCUGGCCAGGAAGUUGGAAGUGUGGCUGUCUCUUGGAGGAUUUCAUGAGCAAGGACAUGAGUGGGAGUCUGACAGACGAAUCUACAACAGUCAUGUCAUAAUUAAUGAUAAAGGUGAUGUCAUUUCAGUCUACAGGAAGUCCCAUUUGUUUGAUGUGGAACUGCCAGAAAAGGGCGUAUCCCUUAAAGAAAGUGCCUUCACCAUCCCUGGACACUCCCUCGUGUCUCCUGUCCAAACUCCCAUCGGCAAGGUUGGCUUGGGCAUCUGCUAUGAUCUGAGAUUCCCUGAGUUAUCUCUGGCUCUGCAAAGGCAUGGGGCCGAGAUUCUGACUUACCCAUCAGCCUUCACUGUAGCAACAGGAGCUGCUCACUGGGAGGUGUUACUCCGUGCGCGGGCAGUUGAGACUCAGUGUUUCGUCCUGGCGGCUGCACAGGUCGGCCGGCACCAUGAGAAGCGCUCGUCGUAUGGCCACGCCCUGGUGGUGGACCCCUGGGGUGAGGUGCUGGGCGACUGCGGAGGGGAGAAGCCAGGCAUGGUGCUGGUGGAGAUCGACCUGGAGAAGGUCAGCAGCACCAGGAGGAACAUGCCGGUCCAACAGCACCGCAGAGACACUGGUUUCUAUCACAGUCUGGAGAAGACUUGACUACAAGAGAAGUGCAAAGUUCAAAGUCUGUGUCACUGAAAAGACAGGCUGAAUACAGUCUGAAGACAGGCAACAAACUAAACAGGAGGAUGUCUUUCAUUAACAGCUUACAGGAGACUGGAUUUAGUCCAUAUCUCAAAAACAUAACAGGUUUUCUCUUUUUGCUAUAGGUUGUUUAAGUUCCUGCUAUGCUGCAUUAUGAGCACUUCAAGUGAUUUGAUUAACGAGAGAUCAAAAGAGAAAUCAUUGUCAGCUUGUUUAAUCAGAAACAGCAGGAUGGGGCGGCGGAAAUAUUAGUUUCCUGUGUGAGGAAAGAGGUAUACAUUCUUGUCAAAUGAAGCUUUUAAUGAAUAAAUAUCAUGGAAGUGUAAACAUGGAGUAGUUGUUCUGCUCUUGAUGAGAUAAAAGUAAUGUGAACUGUAGAUUAUUGGAGCUACUCAUCUGCCUUUGCUGCUUCCUCGGAUUUUUGAGUCAUCACUGCAGUAGAUAAUCUCAUUUCCAGUUAGUAAACCUCGCUCACAGCUUUCUGUCUAUUCCCGUCAAGAAAAUCAGCUCAGACCAAAUGAGUCUGUAAAUGACAUUACUCGUACUCGUCAAUAGAUGGUGCUGUUGGGUCGAAACAAUAUAGGCAACAGGAGGAAAUGGCAAAAGCUUACCGUAAAACAUUCCUGUUCUAGUUAAAUAAUUGAUAUGCAUUUGAUCUGUGCUACUGAAUUGAUAUGUACAAAUUCACCUGUAAUUUUUCUGUGAUGAAAUUAAACACUGUUGCUGAAACAUUAUAAACUCAAACAUCUGACAAAA